GCUGGGGGGCGGGGGACGAGCCGAGGGCCCGGGCCGUCGAGGGCUCCGGCGAGCGUGUGGGCAUGAGUGGAUCCCUGGGCCGGGUGGCAGCGGCUCUGCUCCGCUCGGGGCGCGGCGCGGGCGGCGGCGGCCUGCGGGGCCCUGGCGUGCGGGCGGCGGGCUCGGGCGGCGGCGGGAGCGGCUCGGCGGAGCAACUGGACGCGCUGGUGAAGAAGGACAAGGUGGUGGUCUUCCUCAAGGGGACCCCGGAGCAGCCCCAGUGCGGCUUCAGCAACGCGGUGGUGCAGAUACUCCGGCUGCACGGCGUCCGCGACUACGCGGCCUACAACGUGCUGGACGACCCCCAGCUCCGGCAAGGCAUUAAGGACUACUCCAACUGGCCCACCAUCCCGCAGGUGUACCUCGACGGCGAGUUCGUGGGCGGCUGUGACAUCCUCCUGCAGAUGCACCAAAAUGGGGACCUGGUGGAGGAACUGAAAAAGCUGGGGAUCCGCUCGGCCCUUUUGGAUGAAAAGAAAGACCAAGACUCAAAGUGAGGGCGGCCCGUGGUCCCCCGCGCAGCAGCGGGCUGCGGGUGCUGAGAGCCACUGCCCGCAAAGCCUUACCGAGUCUGCUGUUCGCUCUCCGGAUGACCGCUGCUUGCACGGGUCCCCCUGCUUGUCAGUAGUUGGGGGGUUUGGUGUGUCUGGGGUUUGGGCUGCGAAUAUUCGAUUGUGAACAUAAUUAUAACCACUGCACUGUAAUAAUGCACUGUUGUAUUAUGAUAUUGUUGUAAGCAAAAUCUGUCCUCAUAUUGUCAUCUGCUCUUUGCCUGAUUCAGGAGUAAAACCAGGAGCUUUUAAAUCAUCAUUAUUCAUGAAUCCUCUGCAAAUGUGUCAGUUGGCAAAGAUAAUACCCACCCCCCAAUUUUUCGUAGCUUCUUCUGUUAAGAAAAAUGAUGGCCAAGGAAGAAGAUGUGGGAACUGGGGUGCUGUUUUUUAAAAAUAAACUGUCAACUGAGGGAAA